AUGGACUCUGAAAAUGGGAUUGGAAACAAUAAGAAAUCAGGAACAGAUGCAUCUAGCUCAUCUGCUACUGGAUGUAUAGACAGUACCAUCUCUCCCGUUUCCAAUCUCACAAAUGAAUCUACCUCGCAGAGCAUGGCGCCGCCAACACAAUCUCCUGCUGUCCAAGUGAUGGAAAGACCUGCAGGUUACGAUCCCAACAGGAUCCCCUCAUCUGUCUUUGCUACGAAAUCCCCCGCGCCAAUGGAAUGGAGCGUUGCUUCGAAUGAGUCAUUGUUCAGCCUUCAUAUGGGGAACAACAGUUUCUCCAGAGACCAUAAUCUAAUGAUGAGUGGAGACUUCUACAAGCCUGAAGAAUCCAGAGAAUUCUUCAUUUGCAGAGAUCUGACUAUGUCCGGUGAGAUGGUCUGUCUUAAACCACCCCCUCCACCUCCAACGGGAAUGGACAGUGAACCUAAGAGUGUGGAUGCGAGAAAGAACAACCUCCAAGCAACGGGAGGAGCAGAAGAUGCAACCGUGAAAAAUGUUCCGAAAGUCACUGCCGAUGCUCAACAGAAGGGAAAGGUGCCUUCUCUAGAGGUCUCCUUGAGCAUGAACAGGCGGUCGGAUGUGAGUGGAACUAGCAGCAAGUCUUUUGCCUUUCCCAUUUUGACAGAUGGGGGAACAAGUACGGCUGUUAAUGGGGAACCUGACCAGAAGCAGAAGCAGCAGCAUUCACAGCCACCAGACUCCAAAGAAAAUCCGAAGACAGCUUCCAAAAAGUGGUUUUCUUGCUUCUCGUGUUGCCCAAAAACUUGUUGUUGA